CAGGCCCUUCAAAAAAAGUACUACUUCAUAACAACUAAGUACAGAAUUGCGAUUAUGGCGUUUGUGGACCUCUCAGGCGUGAAUCGCUGUUCGCUGCCAAAGGAAUCGUUUAGAAAUGCGAAUGAGACUUGUGGCCUUGCCAGAAGUACACUAAGUUGUGGCUCGUUUGUUUACCUUAUAAACUACUUGGAUAUAUUCUUCUGCGUACUUAAGCUACCAACUAUAUCAUUUUAUGGAUUGAUAAGUGCUUUCUUAUUGAUGGUGCACUUAAGUCUGCUCUUCAUGCUGACUAAAUAUUUUUUCGUGCCAAAUUUAGCCGCGCUCAUUGAGUUUGCACCCAUGACAAUGUUUGGCUCUAGUUUUCUAUUGUUUGGGCCCACUUUUUUCGUGUCAUACUAUAACAGUUUCUGGGAAAUAUGUGAUACUCGAAAACUAAACCUGAGUCCUUUGCAGUUUGCAAAAAUUAUGGGUGACAUAAUGCGCUACAUUCUGAUAGGAUUUAUGGUUAUUUGUAUGCAGGGAUAUCGAGUGGACGGAGUUACUUUUUGGUCCAGCAUGUUUUUUAAUUUGACUGGAAUGAUCUACUUGUAUAUUGUAGUCAAGAAAUCAUACAAGGUUGACCGUAUAGCUGCGGACUUAUAUUUGAUCAAAUUUCGGGUGACUGUGUUUUUGUACACUUUUUUGAUGGUUUUACUGGUUAUCUUUGUCGUGUCGCAUACUACUUUUCAACGAGGCGCAGUGAAACGUAAACAAACUCAGGAAAACUUCGGGGAAAUGGAUAGCGGUGAUGAGAUUCUGGGCAAAUACCAGAAGCAAAGGGCGUUUUCCAGGCGUGAAAUUUGGCUGAAGGCGGUGAAUGGAUAUAGGAAUAUGGCUGAUUCAAAUGUGAUUUAUAGGACUUCAAUGAUGCCCGCCUACUUCGUAUUAUCUAAUAUUAUCCCGGUUAUAACCAAAGAUCGCAUUCUAAUUGGCUGGAACAAAUACGCAAGUUGCCUGGGAUUGGUUAUCCUCCCAAUCAUGUGCAUGCCUCAUGGCUUCAAAGCCGCCAGCUGGUUAAUAGUGCUCCUGACCUGUUGUACCCUUGGCAUCCUGACCUUCAUCUCCACCCAUUCCUUGAGGAGACCCGAUAAUAUUUGGAUGUUUGCACUGCUAGGACUGAUAAUCAGUUCGGUAUUCAUUAACUUGCUAAGUCGGGAGAUAGAGAAUAUAACAUAUCAAUACAUAAGUAUGCAGUUUGACGUCAUGCCUGAUAUGACGGCAUUGAUGUACUUUGGAGUGGGUGAGAUGUUCAGUGAAUCCAUUGUUGUGAGGUGUCUGCAGCAGAGGAAGAUGUGGGAUGCCACCUUUGGAGUUGUGAUGAGCUUGGUCACUUAUGCGAUCUUCUUGGCAUUUCCACUCCUCUUCUACCAAGGAUGCUACAACCACAAAUGCAGUAUAAUUGUGACAUCUUCAACGGAAACGGCCAUUCAUUUUAUAUUUUUAAUCCUGUCCACUAGUCUGCUUCACAUUUCCUUGAGUGGCUAUGAGUUUCGUAUAUCCUUGUUGUUCUAUCUCUUGGUGCUGGCUGUUUUUUAUGUGACACUCCAGUGGAUGACUCACUACGAUUGGAUACUUUCCUUGGCCACUCUUUUUAAAAAUAAAAACAAUGAUUAGUUAAUAAUAGUUAUUAUGGUACAAAAUGAUAGCUUGCAUAAUCACUACCACUUAGAUUUUAUAAACAGUGUUGCUAUUACAAUUUUCGCAUUUAAUUUCCAUGUUUAAGCUUAUCACCCAUAAAUCUCCAC